AGCGAAGAAGAGUCCUGUGUAAGACCUGUAGGGAAUCCCUGGACGGAUACAAGGACAAAACAUGUCAUUUGCAAUCUCUAUCGGUUUUAUAUUUUGUUUCAGCUUUAUAACUGCCAGCCAGAGCUGUAUGUGCCGGUUUAGAGGACUGCGAAAAGACUUUUGUGCCGCUGCCAUCGGUAAGCAAUUGCAGUGCAAAAACAUGGCUACUAUUUUAGUUCAAUUUUGGUAGGGUGAAGUUCUUGGUCACAAUUCAAAGAAAGGCGUAAGAGAUUUUUCAAUAUAUUUUAUUUUUUGUUUUUUUCCUCUUAGCAAACACAUUAGUAAUGUAUUUAUAUUUAAAAUUUUAUUGUUAUCGACAUAUGUAAAAAAUAUAGAAUUAUAGAUUCCAUUGUAAAUAGAUUUUAGCCCUUGAAAUAAAGAUAUAAGCUUGUUUGUUAUUAUCAUCUAUAUCACUAUUAUUAAUAUUUUUUUAUGCAUUUGUUCCACAAUAUGCACUAGCCACCCUCGUGUUUAAGUUUAAGAGCUCAUGUUCUUUUCAAAAUUCAGGACUAUGAUUUCUUUCGAUUUUUUUAAACAGUCAUGAAAGCCAAGGUUACGUCCAACGCUACAAAUGCCAUCCAUGUCCAGUCUGAUAAUGACACAUUCAGCCUUUAUUCUUCUUCUCAAGUCUACAAUCUGAAAAUUGUUGAAGUUUUCAAGGGUAAAGAACAUCUUAAUCAGCUGGCAGGAUUCACGCCAUCUAUCAGAGGCGAGAGCCCAGUGCAUACAGUUGAGCUGCACACCCCUCCUCGGUUUAUUUCAUGCAGCUUCCUGCUCCGCGAAGGUCAGGAGUAUCUCCUGUCAGGCAGACUAGACAACAACAAGUUAAGUUCCGAAUUUUGCGAUAUCCGUCUGGAGUGGGGUGAUAUCACGCCAAGGCAGGAAUAUGGUGUUAGGGUAAAAUACGCUGAGGACUGUUAUGAUGGAGAAAUUAGAGUCCAUAACCAGUUUCAAGACCAAUGGCCGUAAUUUGUAUCGCGAUUCAUAAUUUCUGUUCGUACUGAAGUGCUAGAAUCGUAUUUUUUCAACUGUUGUUGUGUGCAA